CUGCCGAGGGAGACCAUGCACCGGAGCAGGCGCAGCCUCCCUUUCCAUCUGAACUGUCAGCUCGUAAGGGUUGGAACUGCUGAUUAUGGAGGUGCAUCCGAUCAGUUCCUGCUGAUGUCUGCAGAUUUUCACCAGUGUUCAUGCAGCCUGGGCCAUUUUAAACAUCAUCUUCUAGAAGAGAGUGAUCAACAGCUGGACUGUGCCUUGGACCUAAUGAGGCGCCUGCCUCCACAGCAAAUCGAGAAGAACCUCAGUGACCUGAUUGACCUGGUCCCCAGUCUGUGUGAAGAUCUCCUAUCUUCUGUUGACCAGCCACUGAAAAUUGCCAGAGACAAGAUGGUGGGCAAGGAUUACCUUUUGUGUGACUACAACAGAGAUGGGGACUCUUACAGGUCACCAUGGAGUAACAAGUAUGACCCUCCUUUGGAAGAUGGGGCCAUGCCGUCUGCUCGGCUGAGAAAGCUGGAAGUGGAAGCCAACAAUGCCUUUGACCAGUACCGAGACCUGUAUUUUGAAGGUGGAGUCUCGUCUGUCUACCUCUGGGAUCUGGAUCAUGGGUUUGCUGGAGUGAUCCUCAUAAAGAAGGCUGGAGAUGGAUCAAAGAAGAUCAAAGGCUGCUGGGAUUCCAUCCAUGUGGUAGAAGUGCAGGAGAAGUCCAGUGGCCGCACUGCCCAUUAUAAGUUGACCUCCACAGUGAUGCUCUGGCUGCAAACCAACAAAUCCGGCUCGGGCACCAUGAACCUCGGGGGCAGCCUCACCAGACAGAUGGAAAAAGAUGAAACUGUGAGUGACUGCUCCCCACACAUAGCCAAUAUCGGGCGCCUGGUAGAGGACAUGGAAAAUAAAAUCAGAAGUACGCUGAAUGAGAUCUACUUUGGAAAAACAAAGGACAUCGUCAACGGGCUGAGAUCUCUUGAUGCUAUCCCCGACAACCACAAGUUUAAGCAGUUGCAGAGGGAGCUUUCUCAAGUGCUGACCCAGCGCCAGGUCUACAUCCAGCCUGAUAACUAAGCUGGCCCAGGUCUGUGCAGACUUUCGCAGACAAAUCAAAACAAGAAGCUCUUAAGAAUGACUUGGUGGAGGCUUUGAAGAGAAAGCAGCAAUGUUAAACCUCUGCUUUGUGCUAACUGGCCACGCCAUGCCCUCAUUAGGUUCCUUUCUUAGAAAACUCAUUUUCUGCUCCCUCAUCCUUGCCCCUGCCCUCCCUGACAGGUCACAUAACAACUUGCAUCACUGACCUCCCACCCACUGCACAGCGCCAUCUCUCCCUGAGAAUAAAGCCCAAUAACCACCCUGUCUGGCUCUGAGGCCUGCUUCCCACCACGUUUUGCUAUCGAAACUCUCGAUAUUUCCAUAGAAACUGUGUGUUUUUUUGUUCACCUGGGCCCCAUCUCCCUCCCCUCCCCUCCAUUUAGAGGCAUAAAAUACACUGUCCGUCAGCCACCCACCCCUCCCUCCCACCUUUUUGUUACAUUGGUGUAAAAAAUGUAAAACAAAAAAAUUUUAUGAAAUAACUGUGGUGUGUGAAAGAUAGAAGAAAAACUGAUUCCAUGUGUGUUUGGGAGUUGCUUGGGGUUGGGGUUGGGGUCGGGGUGGGGGUCGGGGUGGGGGUCGGGUCGGGAUGGGCAGCUCUGGAGGGAGAGAUGGCCCUGCAUCUGCCUGGGCAGACCAGACCCGCCCGGCCCUGCAGCUGCGCAGCCCGGGAGGGGUGGCGCCCUGCUCUUCUGGCCAGGUGCUUUUCUGUCAAUUUUUAUGGAAUGCAAAAGGAGUUUUUGUUUUAUUUUGUUUUUUUGUAAAGCUUAAAAAAAUAAAUCUACAUCUUAUA